AUGCCUACAAAUGUCUACAAACUUUCAAAGGCACUCUACGGUUUACGCCAAGCACCUCGGGCAUGGAACAUGCACCUCGACAAAUGCAUGAAGGGCAUCAGAUUUGCAAGAUGUACUCAGGAGCAGGCGGUAUACACCAGGAGUAACAGAGGGGAUAUACUCAUUGUUGGCGUGUACGUGGAUAACUUGAUCGUUACGGGCUCGAGAGCGGAUGAGAUCAAGUUCUUCAAGCAACAGAUGAUGAAGGAGUUCGAGAUGAGUGACCUUGGGUUACUUUCCUAUUAUCUUGGUAUUGAGGUGGAUCAACGAGAUGAUUUCAUUGCGCUAAGGCAGGCGCCCUAUGCGAAGAAAGUUUUGGGUCAGUUCGGCAUGAUGGAUUGCAACCCGAUCCAAUAUCCCAUGGAAGCAAAGCUAAAACUUGGAAAGGAUUCUGAAGGAACACCGGUGGACGUGACAGAGUAUAGACACAUCAUCGGAUGUUUAAGGUACCUAACUCACACCCGACCCGAUAUCACAUAUGUCGUGGGGAUUGUGAGUAGGUACAUGGAGCACCCUACAGUUUUGCAUCGACAGGCUGUCAAGCAUAUUCUGAGGUACGUGAAGGGUAUUGUGUCCUACGGAUUGGUGUACAAACGAGAUCGAGGUAAUGAAGAGUUGGUGGGAUUCACUAACAGUGAUCUUGCGGGAGACGUUGAUGAAAGGCGCAGCACAGGCGGCAUGACAUUCUAUCUAGGUGACAGCAUGGUCACUUGGACAUCACAGAAGCAGAAGACGAUGUCAUUAUCAUCCUGCGAGGCAGAAUUUAUGGCAGCAACUGCAGCAGCAUGCCAAGUCCUGUGGCUGAGGAGUUUAAUUAGCGAGGUGAUUGGGAGUGAGCCCAAGCCGGUUACACUCUUCAUCGACAACAAGUCCGCGAUUGCCUUGAUGAAGAAUCCGGUUUUCCAUGGAAGAAGCAAGCAUAUUGACACACGCUUUCACUUCAUUCGUGAGUGUGUUGAGCGAGGACAGAUUAAAGUGGAGUUCGUAAGCACGAGCGAGCAGCGAGCAGAUAUUCUCACGAAGGCACUAGCAAGGGUGAAGUUCAUCGAGAUGCGGGAGCUGCUAGGAGUAAGGGACUUAGAGUCUCGUCUAGAUUAA